AUAACUUUGAACUAUUUUAGGCCUUUUCUCCUCCAAGCUUCAUAUUCAAGUUAAACACGCGAAUGCUCUCUAAAAUUAGGGUUCUUCAAGACCUUCAUACGUCCUAUCCAGCACAAAGAUGGCUUUAUCAGAGGAGGAGCUCUCAAGACUUUUCAGAGUUCGUAAGACACUGAUGGAAAUGUUGUCUGAUAGGGGCUACCUUGUUGGAGAUUUUGAGAUAAAUAUGUCAAAAUAUGAGUUCCUUCAGAAAUAUGGUGAGAACAUGAAGAGAGAAGACCUUGUACUUCAGAAAGCCAAACGUAACAACAGUUCUGAUCAGAUAUAUGUGUUCUUUCCGGAGGAGCCAAAGGUUGGUGUUAAGACCAUGAAAACUUAUACAGAGCGCAUGAAAAAAGAAGAUGUCUUCCAAGCAAUCCUGAUUGUACAACAAAAUUUGACUCCCUUUGCUCGUACCUGCAUAAGUGAAAUAUCUACAAAGUUCCACUUGGAGGUUUUCCAGGAGGCAGAGAUGUUGGUAAACAUAAAAAACCAUGUUCUAAUUCCUGAGCACCAGCCACUUACUCCUGAAGAAAAGAAGACUUUGUUGGAAAGAUAUACUGUGAAAGAAACACAGCUUCCUCGGAUUCAGAUCACCGACCCAAUUGCUAGAUAUUACGGUCUAAAACGUGGCCAAGUUGUAAAAAUUAUUAGACCUAGUGAGACUGCAGGCCGUUAUGUUACUUACCGAUAUGUGGUCUGAACUUGUUUUUGAUGUUUUCACCAGUUGAAAGGUAAGAAGGGGACAGUUGACUCAAGUAAUGUAGUUUGUUAUUUGUUGUUCCUUUUUCCCCCUAAAAAGAGCGAUAAAAAUUGUCCGAGUUUUUUCUAACCCGUCUAACCAUGUAAAAACAGGGUCGAUUUACGCUCUUGAACUGAUAAACGUCUUUCAUUAACUUAGCCUUUUUUUUUCUUUCUGUA